GUAGCUCCGCCGCCGUUGCAUAGACACCGGCCGACUUUCGUUUUCGCCGGCCGCGCCGGUAAAAUCACGCGCCAAUCGCCUUCGAAUUUAAUUUUUAUCGGCCGCUGUCUGUAGUAAUUUUUGAAUAUUUUUUUAAACUAAAAUAAGUAAUAUAUAUAUAUAUAUAUAUUUUUUUUUUUUACUACACUUGUCUGUUUUCGAGAAAAAAAAAUUAAUACCACCACGCUGACCGGUCGUCGGACCACUACGGCGGCGACCGUCAUGAGCGGCCACCGGACGACGGACACCGGCGGUAAUUAGACCGCGUGGGACGUCAUGCGACCACGAGGACCGGGGCCACCGCGGCCGCUGGUCGCGUUGACUGUGGUGGCCAUAGCCGCCCUGGCUUUGACGCGUACGCCGCCGGCGGUGUUCGCCGAAAAGAACAAAUUUUAUGAUAUGAAAGAAAUAUGCAAGACUCAUUUCUUACAACAAGUGUACCGGAAAAUCGAAGGAGCCGUGCUAGACUCUCACAACGAACGUAACCUAAACUGUGUGACCACUUACCAGACCCAUUCCGUCCUACAAAGGUUCAUGUUGCGAUUCGACAAGUUACAGUUGGACUGCAAUGACCAUUUGUACGUAUACGAUGGGGCCCACGCCGUCGGAGCGUUUAAGGCCGACAUAACGUGCAGCAGUACCAAGCAAUCCAUCGGCGUGCUAUUCACCCGUACGAAUUUCGUCACGCUCAAGUACGUGACAGACGGCUGGGGCACGAGUACCAACGGGUUUAGAUUAAUUAUAACGGCGUUCAAAGAUCCAUAUUCGUUGGUUUCAGUCCAAAACUGUAAAGAAUUUAAAUGCCAGACCCAUUUACAUUGCAUAUCCGAAGAUUUAGUAUGCGAUAACAUACACCACUGUCCGGACGGUUCCGACGAAGACGCCUCACCCACGUGUCAAGGUCCCCCAUCGCCCACGCUGUUUGGCAUCAACGUCACCAUAUUGGCCGUGGCCACGCUCAUCAUACUCUCCACACUAGGCGUAUGCGUUAUCGUACUUACAGUGUAUUGCAUAUGCUACCGAACAUCUAACAGUACGAUAUCGUCGUCAAGGCACAACAUAUCUAUGCAAGAUACGUCCAAUCAUUUCCAAAUGAUUGGCGUCAACGGAACUGGGAGGUCGGGAAACUGGCACCACCCUGCGGGACAACAGCUCGGGUACAGCUCGGCACGGGUCCGUCUCUACUGCCAGGCAAAGUGAAAUAUACUGGCUCUGACAGCGAUAUUUCCUCUGUACAUAAAGAGGAAUGGUUCGUGUAGAUGAUGACCUAAUCCGUAGCCCAGCAGGGUGAAUCCGGUGGUACCUCGCCUGGCCGGCUUUUGCAGCAUUCGGAUUGCUGCACUUCUAUCAUAAAGGUUUUUACAUGCGUUUGAUUAUUUCAAUGCGACAAUGAUUGUCUAUUACUAUUGCGUUUUUAACAUGUAUUCUAUUGUUACUAUGUAAGUUUAGUUAAAUAAUUUUUGAAUUCUAUUGCUAAGAGUAUUAAAAAAAAUAAUAAUA